AUGAGGGCGCAAGUCCCGAUAGCCGUGUUUGUCUUCUGGAUUUUGUUCCUGGUCGCACUGAGUGAGCCACCGGCGGAACAACAGUUGCAUUACUUUUUGUUGCAGAAGAAUCCAUACAACAAACUGAUCCGGCCUUCCGGAAGCACGGCCAACGGCACGACAGUCAGCAAGCUGACGGUGAAACUGGGGAUGCGUCUCUCACAGCUACUUGAUGUGUCAGAAAAGAACCAGAUUUUGACCUCCAACCUUUGGCUGAGACAUGAGUGGGUUGAGCACAGACUUCGCUGGGACCCAUCGUCGUUCGGUGGCAUCAACUCCACCCACAUUCCGUCUGAGGAGCUAUGGAGGCCCGACAUUGGCCUGUACAAUAACGCUGACGGCGACUUUGUCGUAACGCUGCUCACAAAGGCGACGGUUUACCACACGGGUCUCAUAGUCUGGGAGCCCCCGGCUAUAUACAAGACCUAUUGUCCAAUCAACGUCGAGUUUUUCCCCUUUGACCAACAAGAAUGUUUCAUGAAGUUCGGAGUCUGGACCUAUGAUGGGCAUGAGGUUGAUCUGCAGCAUGUUUGGGAGGAUCGAGGUGUCAUGAUUGAUAAUCAGAUCGUCAUUCCAAACGGCGUGGACUUGUGUGAUUACUACCAGAACGUCGAAUGGGACAUCAUUAACGUCACUGCUAGGCGCAAGGAGAAAUACUACCCAUGUUGUCCGGAACCAUUCCCUGAUAUCACCUUUAAUAUCACUAUUCGCAGGAGGACUUUGUUUUAUACUAUAAAUCUCAUUAUGCCUUGUGUAGCUAUUUCUUGUUUGACAGUGCUAGUUUUCUAUUUGCCAAGUGCCUCGGGUGAAAAAAUCACAUUGUCUAUUUCGAUUCUACUUGCGUUGACCGUGUUUUUCUUGCUUCUUUCCGACAUUAACCCACCAACUUCUAUUACCAUUCCAUUGAUAGGGAAGUACCUACUUUUUACAAUGAUUGUUGUGACAAUGUCUAUAUUCUUGACGGUUACCACGCUUAGUGUUCAUUUCCGUUCACCUGCAACGCAUAAAAUGUCACCCUGGAUUAAAAGGCUAUUUACAGAAAUAUUACCAAAGAUUCUGUGCAUGAAACGUCCUUCUGUGAAUAAGAAAUACAUUCCAAUGAGAACUGUGAACGGAAUAGAAAUGAGAGAGGUUAAUUUAGAUACUCCACAGAUAUUCCCAAAAUGGGACCAAUCGUCACCCAACUUUUUAAGACAAAGGAUACACACGACUACAAAUGAAUUUAUGUCCAAAUAUCCACCGGAUAUAAGGGAAUCUCUUAAAGGCGUGAAAUACAUUGCUGAGCAAUUGAAAAAAGAAGAUGAUGAAAAGUCUGAGGAACGAGACUGGAACUACGUUGCCAUGGUAAUGGACCGCUUAUUUCUCUAUAUUUUCACCACAGCGUGCGUGUGUGGGACGAUGGGUAUAUUCCUCAACGCUCCUUCGCUGUACGAUCCGAGGGAAGCUAUGACAAGGGACAACUUUAACUGUUCCAAAUCAUAUGUUGUAUUUUGA